AAAGUUAGUGUGAUUUAUGGUAACUACUAGGAUGAUGUGCUAAUUGUCAACUUGACUAUUCACCUUCAAUUCAUCAUUGCUAUGGCAGUAUUUAUGUUGAACGUUUGUAAAUUUAAUGCUUGCGGUUUAACAUUUAAAAGUUUAGGACAUCUAAUUCAACAUAUCGAAGAAACACAUAUCGACUAUGAUCCACUGGUCGUUGAACAAUUUGAACAACAGCAACCACAAUGUAUACCCUUGAGUUAUGCUCUACGUUUCCUCACGGAUUCAACCAGAGAAAAAGAAAAAACAUUGACACGCACUAAAUCAACUAUUGUUGCAACAAAGUGUAAAAAUGCCACCCCAACAGGAAGCGAAGCAGAGGAAGGAGAAGACUUGACGAGUGACCAGGAGGACAGCAAUGACUCGUGGGCAACAUCCGAAGAAUUCUCAUCGGACUACAUUCUACGCUAUGGGAGCAGGGUUGUCGGUCAAACAAUAAUCAAUCAGAACAAUAAUAACACGGAUAAGCCAUUCGUUUGUCCAGUACCUGGAUGUAAAAAGCGUUAUAAAAAUGUCAAUGGGAUCAAGUAUCAUUCUAAAAACGGUCAUAGAGACAACGGCAAACGUAAAGAACUAUACGAUAACUAUUUUAGGGUUCGUAAAGCGUUCAAGUGCUCAUGUGGUAAGAGUUACAAAACAACGUACGGCCUAAAAAAUCAUGCUGCAAUACAGCACACUUGCAGCGCUUCAGGAUUACAAAUAAAAUUAACAAAUAAAUCAUUAAUUAAGACUGCAAAUGAAUUUGAUAAUUUGUCUUCAAUUAAUGCUGGUAAUUCUUCUGGAGAUAAAAUUUCUUUAAAGGUAUCCUCGUUGUCUUCUUCUACUUCUUCUUCUUCUUCUAAGACUAAAGUCUCAGCAAUUGAAGAUCAUGGUUACAUUAAAUCAGAAUUUAUUGAAUGUGACGAUGAUUUGGGAAUUCUUACGCCAGCUUCUACGCCACCGCUGUCAGUGCAAGGCGCUAUUAAAAGUGAACAGCAACAAUUUAUUGUUAAUGGACGUAAUUUGCACAAGUACUUUGCUAGUACACCUAAAGGUAAUACGCAACGUCGUCAAGUUAAAAAUGAGUACUAAUUAACUUAUUUCUUCAAUAAGUUGUACGCUUUUAAAUAUAAAUCUCGCGUUUGUCUUCUUAAUGAAUUUUACCAGACGGAUUCCUUGAAAAAAAAUGAUACAUAAUUAGUAAAUAUUGUACAUUUGAGCAAUUACAUAAUUAUUAAGUCUUUCUGGGGAAACUAGCAACGAAUGCCAUGUGAAAAAAAAAAUAGUUGAUUGAAAUCUUCCGCGCUUUUUAUCAUUAAAAUUAAAGUGCACUCGAUUAUUUUUUUCCUUGGCUUUUAAAUUUCGUUACUCAUUAAUACUCAUAUUGUGAUGAAAUUAUAAAUUACAUAUGCCUGAUAAUUAAUUGAAAUAUCAUUGGAUAAUUUAUAGAGUUUAAAUGUUUGUUAUUACAUUCAUAGUGCUAUUUUAAAAAUACUAUAUAAAUUGGCUCCUGUAGCAAAAUAUUAAAAUAAAUAACUGUUUACCAUU